CACUAAACGUUUGAUGUCAGUUUCUCGCACUGCCAGUACACCACACUUAAGGACAUCUGGAAUACUGAUUUUAAGGACUCGUUUACAACAACAAGUAAAUAUUGUGCAUUAUUAAUGACUAUUUAUAGACAAAUAAUAACCAGAUUUCCCCGCGGUGGUAUAUCCUAUAUAUUUGCGUAUGGUUCAGGCGUAAAACAGCAACUUGGUUAUGAUCAAAAAGAAGAAAAGAAAAAUAUCAUUGAUUUGGUUUUUUGUGUGCGAGAUACUUUAGGUUGGCAUGCGGAGAACAUUGCUCGACAUCCGCAACAUUAUUCUGCUCUGCGGCACCUUGGAGCAGAUUAUAUAAAAAAAUAUCAAGAAAAUUUUGGUGCCGGUGUCUAUUGUAAUACGCUGGUGCCGCUCGAAGACUUGGGCGUAACAAUCAAAUAUGGUGUUGUUUCACGCGAUGAUUUGUUAAAAGACUUACAACAAUGGAAAUAUUUAUAUUUGGCUGGUCGUCUACAUAAACCAGUACAAGAUAUAGUUCCUGCAACGGAUGACAAGGUGCUUACGGAGGCUUUAUCACAAAAUCUUGUAAGUGCGCUGCAAGUAGCGUUACUGGUUUUACCAGAACGAUUUUCCACUUAUCAAUUAUUACAUGCCAUAUGUAGUCUGAGUUACAAAGGUGAUUUUCGUAUGAUAUUCGGAGAGAAUAAAAACAAAGUUCAUAACAUUGUACAAGCACAACAAGAGCAAUUCCUAGAGCUUUAUCAGCCUGCGUUAAAACAAUUGGCCAAAUAUGUUGCAGUGGAUUUCAAAGCAAGAGAAUUGGGCACUAAUCGCAGUGUUGUACAAUUUGAGCAAGAUAAAUCACGUUUGGCUAAUGAAUAUCAUUUGCGACGUGUUCCCAGCAGACUUAAGGAAUGUAUUAUACGAAAUGCUGCUUUCCGCGGUAGCUACGCUGAUAUCAUAGAACAACUUGCGGUAACUGACAACCUACAUGAUAUUGUACAGAUGUCGGUCAAUGAUAUUGUUUGGCGCAGCAGCAUAACGCAGUCCUUCAAAAAUAUACCAUCCGCAGGAUUAUUUAAAUCAGUGGUCUACAGCUACCGGAAAGCUCUUAAGACAUUUGCCAAUUAAUCGUUAUUACUGAUGUAUCUGAAAUUUAGGACAAAUUUAAUUUGAUUGUUAUAUAUAUUAUUAAGUAGGAAAUCAUUUCGUAGUUGUUAUUUAUUUUAUAAUUCAUAGUGAGAAUUGUUAGCUGCCAGAAUCAUAGAUUCUACUCAAUUUGUUAGCGUAAUUUUUAUGAUUUAAGGAUAACGAAAUACGUGUUUUUAACAAUACGUAUGCAUUGCAUUUAAUAUUUAAUUGUAAAUACCAGUACAACGAUUAAUUUUUUAUUAUUUAUAUAAUAUAUUAAUAAAAAUAAUUGCAUAA